UCUCUGGCGAUGUCUGUGCUGUUGCUCGCGCUGUGCCUCGCGGAUGGAGUACUCGGACAGAUCCGCUACUCGGUGCCGGAAGAGGCAGAGCACGGCACGCUCGUGGGGAAUAUCGCAGAGGACCUGGGGCUGGACCUGACCAAACUAGCGUCCCGCCGUUUCCAAGUGGUGCCCAACUCCCGCAGCCCGUACCUGGAGGUCAACCUGGAGAACGGUGUGCUGUUUGUGGCCAAUCAAAUCGACCGGGAGAAGAUCUGUAAGCAGAGCGCGAGCUGCCAGCUCAACAUGGAGGUGUUUCUGGAGGACCCCCUGGAACUGUUCCGAGUGGAGAUCGAGGUAGUGGACAUUAACGACAACCCGCCGAGCUUUCCCGAGACGGACAUCACGGUGGAGAUCUCCGAGAGCGCAACUCCGGGCACGCGCUUUCCGCUCGAAAGCGCUUUUGAUCCGGACGUGGGUUCCAACGCUUUACGCACGUACGACAUCACUACAAACAACUACUUUCACCUGGACGUACAGACGCAGAGUGACGGAAACCGCUUUGCGGAGCUGGUUCUGGAGAAGUCUUUGGACCGGGAGCAGCAAGCGGCGCACCGGUACGUGCUGACGGCUGUGGACGGGGGCCAGCCUCCUCGCACCGGGACCGCGCUGCUGGUGGUCAAAGUGUUGGAUUCUAACGACAACGUGCCCGUGUUUGAGCAGCCCGUGUACAGCGUGAGUCUGACCGAGAACGCGCCCGCGGGCACGCUGCUCAUCCAGCUCAACGCCACAGACCAGGACGAGGGUCCUAACGGGGAGGUGCUGUACUCCUUUAGUAACCACAUCUCCAGUCGCGUCAAGGACCUGUUCAGCAUCGAGCCGCGCACGGGGCGCGUGGAGGUGCGCGGGGAAGUGGACUUUGAGGAGAGCGGACUGUACCAAAUCUUUGUCCAGGCCAAGGACCAGGGGCCCAACGCCAUUCCUGCGCACUGUAAAGUGUUGGUCAAAGUCACGGACACGAAUGACAAUGCCCCCGAGAUCACAUUCAGUACAGUGACCGAGUCCGUGAGCGAGAGAGCGGCCCCGGGCACGGUCAUCGCGCUGCUCAGCGUAACGGACAAAGACGCAGAGGAAAACGGACAGGUGCACGUGGAAAUCCUGGGUGACGUCCCCUUCAAACUCAAGUCCUCCUUCAAAAACUAUUACACUAUCGUUACGGACGGAGCCCUGAACCGGGAGCAGGCGGACUCCUACUCUGUGACGGUGGUGGCCAGGGACAAGGGCUCGCCCUCAUUGGCCACCAGUAAAUCUAUUCGCGUACAGGUAUCGGAUGAAAACGACAACGCGCCCACGUUUACGCAGCCCAUAUAUGACGUGUACGUGACAGAGAAUAAUGUUCCAGGAGCGUACAUUCACGCCGUGACUGCCCUGGACCCAGACGUAGGCCCAAACGCGCUGAUCAAUUACUCUAUUUUGGAGUGUGACAUCCAGGGCAUGUCGGUCAAGACGUACGUGUCCAUUAACGAGGACACGGGCUACGUUUACGCGCUGCGCUCCUUCGACUACGAGCAGCUCAAGGAGUUCAGCUUCAUGGUCCAGGCGAAGGACUCGGGCUCCCCCCAGCUCUCCUCCAACGCCACCGUCAAAGUCAUCAUAGUGGACCAGAACGACAACGCCCCCGUGGUGCUCGCUCCUCUGGGGAAAAACGGUACUGCCCGGGAGCCCCUGCCUCGCUCUGCGGAGCCCGGCUACCUGGUGACCCGUGUGGUGGCCAUGGACGCAGAUGAUGGAGAGAACGCGCGUCUGUCCUAUAGCAUCCAGAGGGGCAACGAGAACGCCAUGUUCCGCAUGGACUGGCGGACUGGGGAGCUGAGGACCGCCCGAAGAGUCUCUGCCAAACGGGACCCCCACCAACUCUAUGACCUGCUGAUAGAGGUGAGGGACCACGGGCAACCCCCCCUGUCCUCCAGUGCCAGCGUGCAGGUGGUGCUGGUGGACAGUGUGGCCGAGGGCCGGGGACUGGACCGCGGGAGGGCCAAGACCAAAGACGGGGCCUUAGAUUUGACCCUGAUCCUCAUUAUCGCUUUGGGCUCGCUCUCCUUCGUCUUCCUGCUCGUGAUGAUCGUGUUGGCCGUGCGCUGUCAGAAGAAACAGAAGAUCAGUGUGGUCACGUGCCUGACCAGUGACUGCUGCCUGGGCCCCUGUUGCUCGCGCCAGUCCAGGGGCCGCAAAAAGAAACUGAGUAAGUCCGACAUCAUGUUGGUGCAGAGCGCCGUGAAUGUGAGCGGGCCCGGCACGGCGCAGGUCCCGGUGGAGGAGUCCGGGACCUUCGGCUCCCACCACCAGAACCAGAACUACUGCUACCAGGUGUGCCUCACGCCAGAGUCCGCCAAGACGGACCUCAUGUUCCUCAAGCCGUGCAGCCCCACGCGCAGCACGGAGGAGAGCACGUGCGCGGGGCUCGUGAGCGGCUACACGGACCAGCAGCCGGACAUCAUCUCCAACGGCAGCCUGCUGUCCGAGACUAAACACCCACGCUCAGAGCUGAGUUACCUGGUGGACCGACCCAGACGAGUAAACAGCUCAGCGUUCCAGGAGGCAGACCUGGUCAGCUCUAAGGACAGUGGUCAUGGAGACAGUGAGCAGGGGGACAGUGACCACGACGCCACACACCGGGGACACUCCUCUGGGGCAGACCUGUUCUCUAACUGCACAGAGGAGUGCAAGGCGCUGGGUCACUCGGACCGCUGCUGGAUGCCCUCCUUUGUGCCCGCUGAGCGCCAGGGCUCAGACUACCGCAGUAACCUCCACGUGCCCGGCAUGGACGCUGUCCCAGACACUGAGGUAUUAGCCUGUCCCCAGCUCACGGCCGAUCAGUCAUUCUCCACCUUUGGCAAAGAGAUGCCCCUCAAUCACCUCCAUCAGCACCUCCCCAGCCCGCAGCAUGGUACCCCCCUGUGGAGCCCGCUGGAGGCCUACAGGCCCAGCUCCAGAGUGCCCUUUGCCCCUGCCUAUUUGAAGAGGAAAAGGCUUUGCUAGCUCAUUCCGCAUGGACAUCCCAGACACAGCGUGACUUUGCACAAUCAGC